GCUGUUUGUUUCACGUUCUCUUCACAAUUUCCAUUACAGCCACUAGGUUUCCGUCCACUUUUCUUUUUUCUUCUUCUUCUUCUCUAUUUCCAUUAAUAUCUGUAUGGUGUUCUUCUUUUUCGAAUUCUAGAUUUUGGCUUUGAAUUCUUGUUAAUCUUUGUUUUUCUUUGUUUAAAUCAAGAAAUUAGCUUCUUCUGAAGUCAGGGUGGGGAUUUUUGGAUCGUGUAAAAGUGUGUUAGAGGGUGAUUAUCUUUUGAUUCACUUCUUUUUUUGCUUCUUUUGAGGGGGUAGCCGGGGCCUCGGCCUCGGCGGGUUUUAAUAGCCCCCAACUAUUACAACAUUGGGAAGAAGAUCAUCAAUCUGUACAAACCCUUAAGUUAGUUUUUCUUUUCUUUUUUAUUCUUUGAUUCUUUCUUAAGAAAUCAAACAGAUCGGGGAAGAGAUGCCGGCCUUAGGUUGUUGUGUAGACGCUUCUGUUUCCCCUCCUCUCGGCUAUGCCUUUUCUUGGGAUAGCUCUCUUCCCGCGCCGGAGUUAUUUUCCUCCGGCGUACCUCCGGCGACAAACGCCGCCGCCGUUACUACCGGUUCUCAUUGGUCUACGGAUCUGUCAUCUGCUUUGUACCGGGUAGAUGGGUGGGGUGCUCCUUAUUUCUCCGUGAACUCUUCCGGGGAUAUUUCUGUCCGGCCACAUGGUACGGAUACUCUUCCUCACCAGGAGAUUGACCUACUAAAGGUUGUGAAGAAGGCUUCUGACCCGAAAAAUUUGGGUGGGCUUGGGCUUCAGAUGCCUCUUGUUGUCCGUUUUCCUGAUGUUCUGAAGAACCGUUUGGAGACUUUGCAAUCGGCUUUUGAUAUGGCGGUUAAUUCUCAAGGCUAUGAGGCUCAUUAUCAAGGUGUCUAUCCGGUGAAAUGCAAUCAAGAUAGGUUCGUGGUGGAGGAUAUCGUGAAAUUCGGGUCGCCAUACCGAUUCGGGCUGGAAGCCGGGUCUAAACCAGAGCUCCUGCUGGCGAUGAACUGUCUCUCCAAGGGGAGUGCUGAUGCUCUUCUUGUUUGCAAUGGUUUCAAGGACAUUGAGUAUAUUUCGCUUGCUUUGGUUGCAAGAAAGCUCCUUUUGAACACUGUAAUUGUGCUUGAACAAGAGGAGGAGCUUGACCUGGUGAUUGAUAUCAGUCGUAAGAUGGCUGUUCGGCCUGUAAUUGGACUUCGUGCUAAACUCAGGACCAAGCAUUCUGGCCAUUUUGGAUCCACUUCUGGUGAAAAGGGCAAGUUUGGGCUGACAACAACUCAGAUUCUUCGUGUAGUGAAGAAGCUUGAUGAAUCUGGAAUGCUGGAUUGUCUCCAGUUAUUGCAUUUUCACAUUGGAUCUCAGAUCCCCACAACAGAGUUGCUUGCUGAUGGUGUUGGUGAGGCCACUCAGAUUUACUCUGAAUUAGUCCGUCUUGGAGCUGGUAUGAAAUUCAUUGAUAUCGGAGGCGGGCUUGGAAUUGACUAUGAUGGUUCUAAAUCAAGCAAUUCUGAUGUCUCUGUUGGCUAUGGCAUUGAAGAAUAUGCAUCCGCUGUUGUCCAAGCGGUCCUCUAUGUCUGUGACCGUAAGGGCGUAAAGCAUCCAGUGAUUUGCAGCGAAAGUGGCAGGGCAAUUGUUUCUCACCAUUCAAUUCUGAUUUUCGAAGCUGUGUCUGCUUCUACUACUCAUGUUUCUACACAGCCAUCUUCCGGUGGUUUACAAUCCUUGGUGGAGACUCUCAAUGAAGAUGCCCGUGCUGACUACAGAAACUUAUCUGCUGCUGCUGUCCGUGGAGAAUAUGAUACAUGUCUCCUCUACUCUGAUCAAUUGAAACAGAGAUGUGUUGAACAGUUCAAAGAUGGGUCCUUGGAUAUUGAACAGCUGGCCGCAGUGGAUAGCAUAUGCGAUUGCGUGUCGAAGGCUAUCGGGGUAGCUGAUCCUGUACGCACUUACCAUGUGAAUCUGUCAGUUUUCACCUCAAUUCCUGAUUUUUGGGGCUUCAGCCAAUUGUUUCCUAUUGUUCCAAUUCACCGUCUGGAUGAAAAGCCUACCAUGAGAGGAAUACUGUCUGACCUGACGUGUGACAGUGAUGGAAAGGUUGAUAAGUUCAUUGGGGGCGAAUCAAGCUUGCCGCUCCAUGAAAUUGGAAGUAAUGCCGGUGGUGAUGGUGGGCGGUAUUAUCUGGGGAUGUUUUUGGGUGGGGCUUAUGAGGAGGCGCUCGGAGGACUCCACAAUCUAUUUGGUGGACCAAGCGUUGUUCGCGUGUUGCAGAGCGAUAGCCCUCACAGCUUUGCGGUGACUCGCUCUGUCCCUGGUCCGUCCUGUGCUGACGUGCUCCGGGCGAUGCAGUUUGAGCCUGAACUCAUGUUUGAGACUCUCAAGCACCGUGCAGAGGAAUUCUUGGAACAAGGAGAAGGAGAAGAUAAAGGUCUUGCCUUUGCAUCUUUGACCAGCAGCUUAGCUCAGUCCUUCCACAACAUGCCUUACCUUGUGUCGUCUUCGUCUUGUUGCUUCACUGCAGAAGCCACUGCCAGUGCCAGUGCCAAUGCCAAUAAUGGUGGCUAUUACUAUUACAGUGAAGACAAUGCUGCAGAUUGUGCAACAGAGGAAGAUGAGAUUUGGUCCUACUGAACUGCUUGAAGUGUCUUGUUAGCAUCUCCAGUUUGUUUUAGUUUGUCAUCGAGGUCGUCUGUUUUUUUCAAUAAUCCCACCCCUUAGUUGGUGCAUGUUACAUUUCGUUUGUCUAGUUUUUGAAAAAGAUGCAGUAGACUGUCAUCUCUGUUGCAACUAAGCUUAUGUUAUUUCCGAAUCAAUUUCAUGUA